CACAGGAAGGAAACAACCAGACAUGGUCUCCCAUGCCCCGUGAAAACUUUCGAGCUACAAAGAAACUGCUUCGUUCCACUGGCUUUGAGUCAACUAUAAAUAAACUGUGCAAUCUGAAAAUGACAGUAGUUGCGCGAUAUUGGUUAUAAUUACAUCAGUAAAAUGUUAAAGUCAGUUUUCGCGCUCAUCCUCGCGUUAAUGGGAACGCAAGGGAUAAAAGUUGAACUAGCCAACGAGAAAACGCCAUACGAUUAUGUGAAAGAACGACUGGAUUCUAUUGCAACCGAUCGGAAAUUUGGACUGCCACUAUCUGACUCAUAUGAGGUAGAAGAAAGUGUGGAUUAUCCUGAAGAGGAAGAGAACAUUAAAGGAGCAGCUUCGUCAGUUUUAAAUACAGUGUCUGGUGUUAGUGGGAUUGGCUUAGGCCAAGGAUUAGGUUUAGGAGGAAUUGGCUUAGGUGGAUACGGCAUCGGCCAAGGCUUAGGAAUUGGACUUGGUGGCUUAGGCAUCGGUGCCGGUGCAAGACUAGGAGGAAUAGGAAGUGGAAUUGGUGGUGUUGGAAUCGGUGGGGUGGGAACCGGCGGCAUUGGUUCUGGUGGAGUAGGACUUAUAAAUCCCGCUUUAGGAGGUAUAGGCCUCGGUGGAAUUGGUUUUGGAAACGGUCUAUUGUAUCAUCCAAUUUUAGGCUCUCAAGUUGGUGGUGGGUAUGUUGACAAAAAGGCUUACGACGUUGAAGAGAAGAAAGGUGCUGAUGCCAAUAUAGAGAAAAUUGAAAAGAAAGCUGGAGAAGAAGCUAAGCAUGGCCAAGAAGGAUAUCAAGAAGCUGCCGCUGCGGCGAAGGCUGAAAAAGGAGAAUCGAGUUUUUACAAAGAUGAAGAGGCAAAAAAGAAGGCGGCAGGAGAUGAGAAGUUUUAUGAAGGUGGUCAAAAGAUUGAUAAACAUGGCGAAAACGAAGAGCAGCUUAAAAAAGCUAAGAGUCACAAAAAGGGGCAUGUCCAUAAAGGAUUCAAAUCUUCCAGCAGUAAAAACGAAGAAGAGAAAUCUGAAACAUUCUAUGAUGAAGCUCACGAUGAAUCAGAUCACAAGAUUGCAGGACAUAACGCUGGGUCCUUCGGAGAAAAUGCUCAUCAAGGUUUCAAGGGAGCACACGAAGAAAAGAUUCUGGACGCAAAUGCUCAAGGCAAGGAAGGCCAUCAUAGUGUUCAAGAAAAAGUUGACGAUUCCAAAGCUAAUAAGGGCGAAUUCCUGCAAAAAGGCUACAAGGAAGGAACGGAGCUUUUGGAGAAGUUCAACAACCUUGGAGCUCAGGCAGUGCACGGCCAUCAAGAGGCCAGCGGCGGCUUCCAGCAGAAUAAAGGAAUCCUGCCGAUACAUUAGUCACUACACAUCUAAGGAGAAUGAGUCUUGUAUAACA